AUGUGUUCCUUACUGAUAACGAUGGCGACUAGAAGAUUUGGACUGAGCUCAGUGUGUGGAUCAAUUUUUCUUCUCUCGGUGCUUCAACCACUUGUUUUUACGUCCCAUAUCAAGCGUUCAAGACACCACAGAGAUUCCCUUACUUCAGAUUCUCCAGAAACAACACAUAUCACACUACUAGAAACGAAUCCCUGCCUCGUCCAGUACUGCAUGAAGGGGAGGGAGUGUGUGGUAGAAAAAGGAGAGGCGAAAUGCAUUUGCCAAAGGCAGUGUCCAUCUCACCGUAGGGCCGUGUGCGGGUCAGACGGACGGAUUUAUUCGAACCACUGCGAGCUCCACAGGGCCGCCUGUAUGCAAACGUCGGCCAUAACGGCCAUGAGAGGCACGUUCUGCGUCAAAAUCGGUAAAGGGUGGCCUGCUGUUGGAGACCACCAGUCCAAAACACGCGCCUACCGAUCGACGACAAGUGCCCCCAACACACAACAGCCAGAUGCCACGACAGAGACUCCCACCGGGACACCCGAAGGCACCCCGCCCCCCACAACAUACGCUCCGUUGAUCAGAGAGACCGAGGUCCCGCCACCGACGUCGACUUCCGAGGAGCCCAGCUACUUGGAGAACGAGAUUGAGGACGGCGCGGGCGGGAGGGGUGAGAAGGGCGAUCUGUAUUACGAUAAGGACGACUGUUCGAUGCAGGAGUACGAAGUUAUGAAGGACAAUUUAUUAUUGUACAACCACGCCAGGCUGAUGUCACAGGAUAAUCAUAGCAAGGAUUACUUGGUAUCCAUUAUGUUCUCUCACUAUGACAGGAAUAACAAUGGGAACUUGGAGGCGACGGAGUUGAACGAGAUCGCGGUGCAAGAGCGACUGGAUUCUUUGAGCAGUGGUUGUUCUCUCUCAAACAUGAUACAGUACGACGAUACUGACCACGAUGGAAAGCUAAGCAUUAAUGAGUUUUACGUUGCUUUCAGCAAGCUCUACAGUGUCUCGGUGGUGUCCUUGGACAAGGCCCUCGAAACCAACCACCUGACUGCCAGGGUGGGCGACAACGUCGAAAUAAAGUGCGAUGUAACGGGAUCCCCCGUCCCGCCCAUCGUCUGGAGGAGGAACCACUUAGACCUGUCCUCCCUUAACGAAGAGGAUGUGAGGGUGUUCAGCGACGGCAGCCUUUAUCUGACGAGGAUCCAGCUGCAGCACGCCGGCAAUUACACCUGCCACGCUCAGAGGAACAAGGACGUCGUCCAGACCCACGUCCUCACCGUGCACACUGUACCUGAAGUUCAUGUAACACCCCGUAUACAAUCAAAAAGGCCCGGCGAAGAUGCUUCGAUGCUGUGCCAUGUUGCUGGGGAGCCAUUCCCGAAGGUGGAGUGGUUAAAGAACGACGAACCCCUGCACCUCGACGUGCCCAGGAAGUAUCAAAUAAUUGGAAACGGAACUGCCCUGAAAAUAAAAAACAUUGCCUUCGCCGACACUGGCGCCUACAUGUGCCAAGCUACCAGCAUCGGAGGACUAACGAGGGAUAUAAGCUCGCUGGUAGUGCAGGAGCAGCCCACACCUAGUUCCCCCAACGAGGAGCGCCGCUUCUUCGCCUUUCACGACUGGGGGGUGUCCAUCUACGAGCCCUCCACCUGCCGGCUGUACCACCGCAUCCAGUCCACGGACAUUAUUCCGGGCACGCAGGAGUACGUGUGUGGUGACAAAGGAGUUAAAUGUGAAUGGGGUCGCGGGAUUAACGUAGCAAACCGCUACGUCUACGCCAGCCAACCCAACAGAGACCGCAUCCUGAUCAUAUCCAAGGUACAGAUGGUGGUGGUGGACGUCGUCAGCACCGACAAAUAUCCUGUGGACCUGCACCACGUGCCGCACCUGGACCAGGUGUGGGUGCUCAACUGGAGAUCGCCAAAUAACACCGGGAUCAAAACUAUUCAGGUUAUAAGGGAUGCUGGUCAGAAAAGGAAACAUCACACAGUCCAUCCUGAACCAAUCGAUGGACAAUUCGAUUUAGUAACUGGACUUUUCAUACCAUCGCCAUUCCAGGAGUUGUCCCACUACAGCUUCAAAUAUGGUUACGUGACGCAUACUAAUCAGCGGGGAUUGUACAAGUUAGACCUGGUGAAUCUGAGAUACACUAGAUCUGUUGAUCUAACGCCCUACAACUGCGUGCCGGCUCAAGUUAGAUUUUCUGCAUUAUAUGGCAUGGUGGUGAUGCAGUGUCUCGAGCCCGUGACGAACCGGCCCACAGGACAGCUAAUUCUGGAUUAUCUGACUGACACCGUAAUAGCUACCAAGCCCAAUCUCCCAGGGGUUCCCUACAUAUCUCCGGACUCCAGGAAGCUGGUCACGCUCGACAGGACGACUAGCGGGGCGACGCUCAUAGUGCAAGAGAUCACGUCUAACGGAUUAACGUUCUCCUUCGACGUUAAAACCACGUUAAACAUCUCCGACGUCACCUUUUACCCAAGUCAAUCAACGCACAGCUAUGAUAUCUACGCAAGCGCCCAAGACAAAGAAGACAUACUGUUUUUGAACCUGCUUACAGGUAAAGUUGAAAUAAUUACAGGAGUGGGGAAGGCUGUCUCCAUUCAAUUAACAAAAUGGAAUAAUCCCAACAGACCUAUAAGCGGAUCAGGCCUUUUUGGUCAGUACAUGGUAACACCAGCAAGCGAAGCGCUAUUCGUCAUCAACGGCCGGUCGAGAACUGUCAACUGCGAGAUAGGGGCCGUCUCACAUCCAAGUCAAAUAGUCUGGACCACUUUGAAGUUUCACUAGUGAGAAACAGCCCUCAAAGUCCACCUCCAUCAGACACUGAGAAUGUUUUAGAACCAUUACUUUUUAUACAUUGUAUUAUUAUACAUAUACAAUAUAUAGUUCUCAUGUCAGAAUAAAAGCUCAUACAAAAUAUGUUUAGACUUCAAGGACACACAGUGCUGAAAUUUACCUGUAUUUAA